UUUCAGUCAGAAACAAGAAGCACGUCGGCCACAACGGACAACGCUCGCGUGUGUUUCAGACGUCCACAAACAACAACGACGUUGCGGGGUUAUUGUUAUUUGUACAUUUGCUUUGAAGAGGAAAUCAGAGACGAGGUGAGACGCGGCGCAUCGCGGUAGACGGCGACAGUUUGUAGGGAAGCGGCGGUGGAAAAAUUAAAAAGAACGAAAGAAAGCCGACUCGAAUAUAAAAAUCGAAGAACGUCGAGAAAACACAGCACCAACCACAAGCCAGAGCAGGACGGAACGAGGAGGAAGACAGACGAUCCUGAACGCGCUUUUUGGCUAGCAAUAACCACAAGACAGAAUGGUUAAUCAUCAUUCGAAUGGCGGCGGCAGUGCUGGGAACAGCAGCGGCAGCCUGCGUGGCGGCGGCGGCGGAGGAGCCCACGGCGGUGGCGACUACUCGGGCGAUGAUCGCAGUGGCGGCGGCGAAGAGCGUGAACGUUUGGACGGGGAUCUGCAUGACAAGCCCACCUACCUGCUGGAGCAUUUGGCCACCUUCACCGUAAACAAGGAGUCGGGCAUUGUGUACCCAGCGGAUGGCAUGCGCCGACUGCUACAGCUGGAGAAGACCACGGGCAUUUGGUCGCAGAAGAUGCAGCUCUGCCUCGACUACCAGUGGGUGCUCAUCAUGGACUACGAAACGGGGAACAUUAUUGAGCGUUUCCCGGCGUCACUCGUUCAGGAGCCCACGGCAUUCACCUCCAACGAUGCCAUGGAGCUGUACAACAAUAUUCUCGUUUUCAUUGUAUCCGGUGGCGGUGGUUCCCGCUCCGAGAUGCACAUAUUCCAGUCACAAAGCGUGUCCGCUGUCCAUUUGGUGGAGGAUCUGAAGCAGCUGCGCAGCGGCAAGAUGAUCACACAGCAGCGCGGAGCGACGCCCACGCAGUCGGCAGGUGCCUCCGGCAUGGCCAUGAUGAUGAGCAAGACAUCCUCCUCGUCCUCCCACAGUCGGGCAGAGCUCCACCAGCAGCGGGAGCAGCGUGGCGAGCGGGAGAGAGACAGGGAACGCGAACGGGACAGGGACAGGGAUCGAGAACGCGAGCGGGAGCGGGAGAGUCACCAUCACAACAUGCACCAAAGGAGCAGCGUGGAGCAGUACGGAAUGCGAGGCGGCGGUGCCGUGACCGAAGUGGACCUCGGACACAACGGAGAGACGGACUCGGAGCAUGGCGGCGUCAAUGAGCGCGACGAGACUAGCUCCACCUCCAGCGAGAAGUACGAGCGAGAUGUGGCCGUGCUCAACCAUUGCUUCGAUGACAUUGAAAAGUUCAUAGCGCGACUGCAGCACGCGGCUGCCGCUUCGAGAGAGCUGGAGCGGCGUAGGAGGAAUCGGAAGUCAAAGAAGCGGGACCCGGGAGAGGGUCUGCUCACGCUGCGGACGCGGCCGCCACACGAGAAGGAGUUCGUGGAUAUAUUCGCCAAAUUCAAGCUGUCGUUCAACCUGCUGGCCAAGCUGAAGGCGCACAUCCACGACCCGAAUGCCCCCGAGUUGGUGCACUUCCUCUUCACACCGCUGGCCCUCAUUGUGGAGGCAUCAAGCGACACCUACUACGAGUCGCAGCUGCCGGCGAGAGUUGUCAAUCCGCUGCUAACGCGUGAGGCCAUCAAUCUGCUCAUCAACUGCGUCACCAGCAAGGAGACGGAGCUGUGGCGUUCCCUGGGCGAUGCCUGGGUCAUACCGCGUGACCAGUGGAAGGAUGACGUUGGGUCCUAUCAUCCCGUCUUCCUCGACGGCUGGUCGCCGGACUACCUUAUCAACGACGAGCUGGAGCCCACAUCCCCGCCAGCGCACGUCAGCAAGCGGCGUCUUGAGGUACAAGCCGGCCCCGGCCAUGGCUCCGGACUGAAUGGUCGUGGGCCGCCAGGCGGCGGCGUCUACGAUGACUAUGAUACUGGCAACGGCAUGGCCAUGGCCAUGGGCAUGGGCAUCGAGAAGUACACCAUCCACCAUGGCAACGAUCGGGAGCGGGACAGGGACAGGGAGCGAGAGCGCGAUCGUGACAGGGAUCGUGCGGGUGCCAUCAGUGCGUCAGACUUUAAUACCCGCAGCGAGCUGUCCUUCGACUCCAUUGAGCGGGGCGGAGCAGCGGCUGGCCAUGGCCCAGGACCCGGGGCAGGACCCACACUGAGCGCCAUUACCGCAGGCCUGCAGAAUCUUCACACGCGAGACUCCCGCGGCGGAAACGGUGGAGGAGGGGGUGGCGGUGGUGGCGGUGGUGGCGGUGGUGGCGCAUAUGGCGCAGGUGCUGGAACUGCCUCCGAAUUGUCGGUGGCUGGUGGCAGGGCUACCAAUGUCAGCGAUGACCAAAUGCUCGAAUCCUGGCUGGAGGAUCUGCAGACGGGCGGCUCCAAAAUUGUGCUGGUCACGUAUCCGCGCACCGCCAACAACGACAAGGAGCUCAGUGUAAUGCGAGGCGAAUACCUGGAGAUCCUCGAUGACACCCGAAAGUGGUGGAAGGCGCGCAACAUGCGCGGCCAGGUGGCCCAUGUCCCGCACACGAUUGUCACGCCCUUCAACUAUGGCGAUGGCGAUGGAUCCCAGUACUAUGGCCAGCCGGUGCAGCAGCAGCAACAGCAGCCACUGCCGCAGGGCGGUCCUGCGAGCAAGUCCAGGCCGGGGGACAACACUGGAAUGGAACAGCGCUCGCCAGACCCCACGGACAUGAUGCGCAGCAAGCAUCUGGGGAAGAAGGGCGAAUUCCGUUACUUUUAACGAUAUAAAUAGACACCACACACACGCAUAUAUACACACACACACAUACAGACAGCACAUGGAUAUAUAUUCGUUAGUGAGAAUUAGAGAGAGCGGAGAACAGGCAUCCCAAUCGUCCACUUCCAAGCCCAACCCCGACCGCAUCUUAAAGAAUAUUAAACCGUAAGACUAACCUAAGUUCAGCCCCACAGAUUGGAGUUGCGGCUGAAGAGCUGCUGGAGAGGCGCAGGCAAUAAAUUGUUUUAAUAAAACCAUAUCCAAAGGAUCCCCUAGAAA